ACACAGCUGAAAAGAGAAAGAAGUAGGACUGAAGUAACCCUGAGCGGUCUGCAGGCAUGUCUGGAAAGCUGGUUUGCAUUGCUGACUUUGAGGAGUAUGCUGCAAAAUUCCUCCCCAAAUCAGUGUAUGAUUAUUACCGCUCCGGAGCAGAUGACCAAGAAACACUAGCAGAUAAUGUAGCAGCAUUUUCAAGGUGGAAGCUGUACCCCCGUGUGCUCAGGGACGUGUCAGUGAUGGACCUGUCCACCUCGGUGCUGGGGCAGAGGAUCAGCAUGCCGGUCUGUGUCGGAGCCACCGCUAUGCAGCGCAUGGCUCACGCUGAUGGAGAGACAGCAACUGCUAAAGCUUGCCAAGCAAUGGGGACGGGGAUGAUGCUGAGCUCCUGGGCCACUUCCUCCAUUGAAGAAGUGGCUGAAGCAGCUCCAUCCGGCCUUCACUGGCUGCAGCUCUAUGUGUACAAGGACCGGGAGGUUACCAAAUCCCUUGUGAAGCGUGCGGAGCGAGCAGGAUACAAAGGGAUCUUCGUGACGGUGGACACGCCGUUCCUCGGCAGGCGCUUCGAUGAUGUGCGCAACAAGUUCCAGCUCCCUCCCCACCUCAGAUUAAAGAACUUCUCCAGCAGUGACCUGGCGUUCUCCUCGGGGAAAGACUUUGGAGAAAACAGUGGAUUGGCUGUGUAUGUAGCUGAGGCAAUCGAUGCAAGUGUCAACUGGGAGGACAUCAAAUGGCUUCGAGGGCUGACCUUGCUGCCUAUCGUCGCAAAAGGAGUCCUCAGGGCUGAUGAUGCUAAAGAAGCUGUAAAGAUUGGGGUAAAUGGUAUCCUGGUGUCAAAUCACGGGGCACGCCAACUUGAUGGGGUCCCUGCAACUAUUGAUGUCUUGCCUGAAAUCGUUGAAGCUGUGGAGGGGAAGGUGGAGGUGUUCCUAGACGGUGGUGUAAGAAAAGGCACAGACAUUCUCAAAGCACUUGCUCUUGGUGCCAGAGCUGUGUUCAUUGGAAGACCUCUCAUCUGGGGCUUGGUUUAUCAAGGUGAAGAAGGAGCAAAAGAGGUUCUCCAGAUGCUGAAGGAAGAGUUUCGCCUGGCAAUGGCACUGACAGGGUGCCGGAGAGUAGAAGAGAUCGGCAGGACGCUGAUUCGAAGACAUCAAGUAUUGUCUUCCAAGAUUUAGGUCUGAAGAUUAUUGCCUAGUGUCUUGCCUGUUGUACAGAAAGUGGGCUACCAGACAAAAAGCAACUGUGUUCACUCUUUGGGCCUCA